AUGGGAUCAGUGAUAAGUCUGCAGCCACUGGCCAAGAGUGUCUGUUCGUGGGAUGGCACCCAGAAAUUCUCAGGGAGUGAAGCUGAUUUUAGCUCUUCAAGCAGCACAGGCAGUAUUUCAGCGCCUGAAGUCCAUAUGUCUGCUGCUGGAAGCAAAAGAUCUUCUUUUUCUCGCAAUCGUGGCCCUUAUGGUCGGAAUAAUGGAUCCUUAUCCUACAAGUCUGGAGCCAGCCCACCUGCUUCCCGUGAAAAGGAUCAUUUGUCAACACUGGGCAAAAACCAGCCGAGUCCUGCUAACAUCCAUCAGUGUUACAGGGCUUCUUCAGUCAGCAGCAGCAACUCAGGCUCAUACAAAGGGAGCGACAGCAGCCCAGUGAUGAGGCGAUCAGGGAGAUUCAGUUCUUGUGGUGACAAUCACAGCAUUAAGCCACAAAAUCCUGAGCAGUAUUUGACUCCUCUGCAGCAGAAGGAAGUUACAGUUCGGCAUUUGAAAACAAAGCUGAAGGAAUCUGAGAGCAAACUUAAAGAAAGGGAAACAGAAAUAGAGGAGCUCAAAGCUCAGCUGGGACGGAUGAGGGAAGACUGGAUUGAAGAAGAGUGUAAUCGUGUGGAAGCAGAGCUGGCCUUAAAGGAAGCAAGAAGCGAAAUUAAACAGCUCAAGCAGGUCAUUGAAAACAUGAAAAGCAACUUGGCUGAGAAAGACAAAAAAAUUGAGAAGUAUUUCACAGACAUAAACAUUCAAAACAAGAAACUGGAAUCUUUGCUGCAGAACAUGGAGAUGGCUCAGAACAGCUCUGUGAGGGAUGAGCAGUGCCUGGAGUGCGCAUAUGACUCAGAGGAGAAGCUGACAGCAUUCUGUGCCAUGAUGCCAGACAGCCUUAUCACAGAGGACCAAGCUCUGGAGGAGGUGGCAGAUAGUGGGCUGCUGCUUAAUGAGGACACAGGUGACAGGUCUGGUUUGCCUAAAGAGAAUCUGACCAUCAUGUCCUCUGAGUUGAGUGAUACGGCUCCCUCUAGUUCUGCUGUGAAUGAAGAGAUGCCAGAAAGUUAUCUGGAUGGAACACUAACUUCAAAGGAGAAGGAGGAAAACAUGAUGGUGGAACAGGCCGUCCAGACUGAUGUGGUGCCAUACAGCCUAGAUGUGGAGCAGCUCAUUCAAAACAUCUUCAGAGCUCAGGAUGCCUGUCCUCUAAGCCCACCUUCUUCACUGAAGGAGUUGGGUGAAUUUUCUCUUGGAAGCUUCAGUGAUUCUGGUAUUAUAGUGGACUUAACUCCAAGUGAUCCAAACUCUGCCAUUCUUUUGUCUCCUAUGGAGUCUCCAUGUAGGAAGGUAGAGCACAGAGUUAAUGAAAACCGUUUCAUGAAAGAACUUGAUUUUAUGGAAUCUCAUGAUUAUGAAGCCUUUGAGUAUGUCAAUACUUGCUCUCAGAUAGGAACCAAGAGGAGAUACUGGAGCAGCAGUCUCCUCAGAGAUGUCUUGGCUGUAGCAGCCCCUGUUGUACCAACUCUCAUGUGGGCUUUCAGUACUCAGAAAGGAGGAAUAGAUCCCAUUUACAAUAUUGGAUCAUUGCUUCGUGGUUGCUGCCUGGUGGCCCUGCACUCUUUACGGCGUACAUCCUUCAGUAUCAAAACCUAAAGUCCUCUCCCUGGGCACCGACUGGCUGAGGUAGAGAGAAAGAGGGAUGAGAGAGAUCGUAAAAAGUUAUUGUAUAUUCUGGCAGAGUCUAUCAUUUUGCUUUUCGACUAUUUGAUUUGCACUAUAAAUUGUUUUGAAAACAUGUUCCUUGAUUUAAAACAAAAUA